UGAAAGAACCGAAUGCAGCCAUCGGUUCGGUUCGUGUGGAGCUUUACAGAGUUCGGUCUGAUGGUCGUGGAGUCUCUGCUGGUUCCUGUGAAGUGGACACGGGCUCCGUGGACAAACACCGUCCGCUGUGACCUCUGUUAAAACAUUUACGGUGUGGACAGCACCGUGUCAGGCAGCCUGGCUGCCUCCAAGCCUCCAAAUGAAUGAAGAGCACUCCAGGAACCAGAGACACAACUGAUACAGAGCAUGCAGGUGUUUCUGCAAAUAUGAUGAAGAAAAAGCAUCCACACAAGAAACAUAAGAGCAGUCUUGGUGCCACAACAAAAGUUCUGUCACAGCCACGACGCAACAUCGUCGGCUGCAGGAUCCAGCACAUCUGGAAAGACGGGGGAGGUCACGUGGUCUGGAAAGGAACCGUGUUGGACCAGGUUCCAGUGAAUCCGUCUCUGUACCUGAUCAAAUACGAUGGUUUUGACUGUGUUUACGGUCUGGAGCUCCAUAAAGACGAGAGGGUUCAGGGACUGGAGGUUCUCCCCGACAGGCUCGUGAAGUCUCGUCUUACAGACGUGAACCUUGCAGAUGCUAUGAUCGGUAAAGCGGUGGAGCACAUGUUUGAGACGGAGGAGGGCCCCAAAGAGGAGUGGCGGGGGAUGGUGCUGGCUCGCGCCCCGAUCAUGACCACCUGGUUCUACAUCACCUACGAGAAAGACCCGGUUCUCUACAUGUACCAGCUGCUGGACGACUACAAGGAGGGAGACCUCCGCAUCAUGCCAGACUCUAAUGACAGUGUCUCAGCUGAGAGGGAACCUGGCGAGGUGGUGGACAGUCUGGUUGGUAAACAGGUGGAAUACGCCAAAGAAGAUGGCGGAAAACGAACAGGUAUGGUCAUCCACCAGGUGGAGGCCAAGCCCUCGGUCUACUUCAUCAAGUUUGAUGACGACUUCCUCAUUUACGUGUACGAUCUGGUCAAGACCUCAUAAGGUUCAUUGUGCCAUUCCGAGAACACACCAACGAGACAAAAUGUCAUCACAUCAAAGUAUCUGAAGCAUUUCGUUAAAGCGCUUGUUACCGAAACAUCAGGCUCGGGGGGAAAACAAAAAAGGACUUAAGAGACUUAAGAACAAGCUUUUUUUUAAAAAAUUCUUUCAUAAAUGAGUUAAGCCACAAACUAAAUGCUGAAAACAUAACGAGGUUUAUGUCUAAUUUUACACCUAUGAUCAAUAAUCAACAUGUUGCCCAGAACGUUAUGUCUGAGAGAAGAUACAAGUUUUGUCGGAGACUCUGGAGGUCAAGAUCCUCUUGCACCCAAAUACAUGUCAAAUCUACAAAGACUCAUAUAGAUCUUCAUUGUUCACAUGGGUGUAAACCAGAAACCAGACUGACGCUCAUUUUCAACACAAAGGAAGAAGCGGGGAAAAAAACUACAACAAAACAAACUUUGAGAUGAAAUCAAUUUCUUCAGGUCACCGGUUACUGUGGAAUCUGCUGGGGAACAGGAGAACUUGUAACCGCUCCCAGAAAAACCACUGAUCAGGUCCAAACUUGCCACCUUCUUGGAAUACGGCCACAGUACCACCUUCUGAUGAACAAGUCACUGAAACAGAAAAGUUGAGCGGAUUUGUUCUACAUUUUGUCAAACUUGGCGGUUUGAAGACUUUAGUCCUCUGUGGGGUAUCAGAACUGGAACGGAGUCUCUGAAGUCAAGAAGUCUAACCUUCAGAGACGGUAAGGUCUGAGCAGGUGAAGGGUUCCUGGUCCUAAGAACGGAGACCGUGACUGAAAAUGACUUCGGUCUGGAUAACCACCUGUUAAUCUACGAAUGACAAAACUCAACAAUGCCUCCCGGGUUCAGGCAUCCGUGGUGCUGAAGGUUUGGUGAUGGACUCAGUAAGUCAGUAUGCCAUCAGUGUGAAGCCAUUUACAAAUACACAAUGUCAUCACCACAAGGUCAAAUUAUCUACACUUUAAUCAGUCACUGGACAGCAGCUGGAAAGUUAUGGCGGAAAGCUAGCUAGCUUCCUAAACCACUCUGCUAACUAGCUUAAGAUAAGUAACGAGCUAGCGCCCACUGGUUGUGGAUUCCUUUGAGGGAAUCAGUUUCAGUCAUUUGAAAGUACAAAUGACCCUGAUCUGGUUAUGGCGCCAUAGCUAACAAACAUCAUGUGACC